AUGGCGAUGGUGAUGCCGCCCGAUUACGGGAGUGGGCAACAAGCGGUAGCCACGUCAUUUCUAUCAGAGAGUGAUUCUUAUGACGAUAUACUGAUAAAUGAAGAAGAAAAUCUCUCAAAUGUCGAUCAAAAUUUUUUUAUAUCUGAGUCAGAUGAAUUUGUAUCAGAAUCGGAUGUAGAGCUUGAUAUUAUUAGCAGAUCAAAUGAAGUUGCAAGGGAUGAAGAGCCUAAAAAUCAAUAUUUUAUAGAGUCUGAUAGCAGUGAUUUUGAUUUUGAGUCAAUCAUUUCAAAUUCGCUUGCACAGUCAGAUAAACCACCUAUUAUAAUCAAAAACCCACCAAUUGCAACUGCUGCUCUAAAGACUUUCUUGCCUGAUUCAUCUGAUUCAGAUAUAGAUGAUAUUGGAUCAACAGGAGACUACGAAAAUACAUAUGAAACGACAAAUAGCACCGUUUCUACAACUUCAUACACAAAUUCAACUACAACAACAACAUCAACUUACACCGCAUCAACUGCAACGUUUAGGUCAGGAAAAUCUAUUACUGCUGCUAGUGGAGCUCGGAAUUUCUUUUUUGAAUCCGACUCUAACUAA